UAAGGUAAACAAAUAAGCGCACAAUCGGCGUGAAGCUUUCGACAAAUUGGGCGCAAGAAGCAGAGACAGCAGAAACCUACCACAUUUGAUAAGAACCGAUUGGGUGCGUCGCAGGUUCUUGUUUUUUUUUUGUUUUUCAUGGCUAGCAUUGACAGCGCCGACAGAGAAUUUGUCAUACGUCGGUCAUACUCCAAUUAUGGAAAGUGUCUAUCCCAAAGAGCCGCUGGAGGUGCCUAAGGAGGUGCACGAGCAGCCGGAGCAGGAGCAGCUGUUGGCUCCACCAGCGCCGCCCAGCUAUGAUCAGGCAACGGCCACGACCACGCCCACGCCUGCCCAGACAACCGGACCCGGAACCGUACCGGCAACAACAGGGACAAGCACUCAGCACACGGUGAUCGUGGUGCCCAGCUCGCCAUAUGGCCCGGAUCCACAGGAUGUCCAGUGCCCGUUCUGUCACAAUUACACGCGCACCCGCGUCUCCUACAGGCCCAACUCGCGCACCCACCUAAUUGCGCUGGUGCUGUGCUUGCUGCAACUCUACUGCUGCGUGUGCCUGCCCUACUGCAUUUCCAGCUGCAUGAACACCAAUCACUACUGCGGCAUGUGCGAUCACUACCUGGGCACCUAUUUGCGCAAGUGACGCUCCCAAUCCCCCCACCCCUCCCCCGCACAGACGGAUGUGGAACUCCAAAAUGAACGUUUAUCUGCAGCAGCAGCAGCUUUUGCUAAAAAUACAAAAUUAUACCUGAGAUACACAUACAUAUAUGCAUAUAGCUACCUGUAUUUAAAGAGCAGGCAUUUGUGUACCUUAGAUAAAUUGUUCAAAUACAUUAGUAUCUAAA